CAGAUUAUGAUGUUGAGUAUAUGUCUAGAAUUUCAUAUUCAAGUGCAGUUGGUUCACUUAUGUAUGCUAUGGUUUAUUCUCGUCCUGAUUUAUCUCAUGCACUAAGUGUUGUUAGUAGAUUCAUGGCUAAUCCUAGCAAAGAACAUUAGAAAUCUGUUCAGUGGAUUUUCAUAUAUUUGCGUGGUUCUUCUAAUGCUAAUUUGCAGUUUGGAAAAUCUGGAGAUGGACUUCUUGGUUAUGUUGACUCAGAUUAUGCUGGUGAUUUGGAGAAGAGGAGAUUUCUCAUAGGUUAUAUUUUCACUAUUGAUGGUUGUGCUGUUAAUUGGAAAGCAUAUUUGUAGGCCAUUGUUAUUUUAUCAACUACUGAAGCUGAAUAUAUGGCUAUUUCUGAAGCAUGCAAAGAAGCUGUUUGGCUGAGAGUGCUUAUUCCAUGCCCCUGGUGUUCAGUAGUGUUUUGGAAUGCUGGAUUGAAGUGGCUUGUAUCUGUUUGGGAUCCAGGAUCGUAGUUGGAACUAUACUGGAUAUCUCUGCCUGGCCCAGUGGGGGUCUUGUCUGCAAUUUCUUGAGAAAAAAUGAAGUCAUAGUCCAGAUCUGGAUGGAUAGAAAUAGCAAGUCUGAUGCAGAAUAGAGGGGUGUGCUGCAAUGCCCGGCAAGGCAAAGCAUUCGUUGAGCCCGCCAAAUGCUUAAAUCUCGUAGCUGUUGGCACUGGCGGCCCAUCAGUUUUUUUCUUUUUUUUGGUGAAGUGCGAGUGAAUGUUGAAUGGAACUGAUGACACGCAGAAGAGAGAAUUCAAGUUGAGAGACGGACAGGUAGGGAGUGAAGGCAACUCUGCAAUCUCAAGUAGUGAGACGGGUUUGCAGGCAAGGCAAUCAUGAAGUGCCAUUGAAGAGGAAGUGAUGCUGGUGCGUUGGAACUACGAAGCGACAUGGGGCGCAGGCAUCACGUUGGCGCCAACAGACAUGACAGUUGCCGACCAAGGCGGAUGCUACACUCCACUACUGAAGAGUAAAUGCAUGCAUUCCAUGGCUGCACCCAACCCAACCGUACUGUCCGUCCCUUUCUUCAACCAUUACUACUAGCGCUCGCUGUUUGUCCUCUCCUCUGCGCGUACGUACAGUUGUAUCACUCCGCCCUCGCCGUUGAGCUCAGGCUGCAGGAGCUCUCUCUCGGAGCAAUGGGGAUCUGCUGCAGCAAGGCAGCAGCAGGGGAGCUCGACGAUGAGGAGGGCUUCCCAUGGAUGCAGGAUGACUUGUUCCACCACCACCUCUGGAACGAUGCUGGGGUCUCCAUGCACACCAAGCAGGGGUGGAAGGGUGCCAAUCAGGAUGCCAUGACCGUCUGCCAGGACUUUGCUGGCCACAAAGGCCAGAUCUUCUGCGGGGUAUUUGAUGGGCAUGGCCCCCGAGGCCGUGAAGUCGCUCGCCAUGUCCGCGACGUCCUUCCGACAAAACUAUCCUCUUUGAAGCUGAAAACUGAAGAAGAUCCCUCAAUCAAUACAAAUUUGGACUCCUUUGACAAGUCAAAUAGCACUUCAUCGAGCGAUACAAGCGAUGAAAAUCAAUUGUUGACCACAUGGAAGAACAUAUUUCUGAAGGCAUUUGAGGAUGUGGAUGAAGAGCUCAGGCAACACUCUGGAAUUGACUGCAUUUGUAGUGGCACAACUGCAGUCACUGUUGUUAGGCAGGGUGACCACCUUCUCAUUGCCAAUUUGGGCGAUUCUCGUGCUGUUGUUUGCACCCGAGACAGCAAGGACCGUCUGAUUCCAGUCCAACUCACCACUGACUUGAAACCGGAUCUUCCAAGUAAGCUUCUGAACUUUUCACAUUUCACAGUUCUUGACAUGCAUUUACAGUUUUAUACACUUCUUGAUUGCAUUUUGUAUUGUUGUGCACUUGCGAUAGGCGAACUCGCAAGGAUUCUGAAUUGUAAAGGACGAGUUUUCGCCAUGGACGACGAACCAGACGUGCCUAGGCUGUGGUUGCCAGACCAGGAUGCGCCGGGCCUCGCCAUGGCAAGGGCCUUUGGGGACUUCUGCCUGAAGAAUCAUGGCCUUAUUUGUACACCUGAUGUUUACUACAGGAAAUUGUCUGAAAAAGAUGAGUUCUUGGUGCUUGCUACUGAUGGGAUUUGGGACGUUCUGUCCAACAAGGAGGUGGUCAAGAUCGUGUCAUCGGCCACCGACCAUUCCAAGGCCGCCAAGCAGCUGAUUGACCGGGCGGUCCGAGCAUGGCGGCGCAAGUACCCGACGUCCAUGGUCGACGACUGCGCCGCCGUCUGCCUCUUUUUGAACCGGGAGGAGAGCCUCCCAGGGCCAGCACCAGCAGACGUGAGGCCGCCUGAGGCCGUGUCGUUCACGGGGAGCUUCCGCAAGUUUCUGAGCGGCGGCGAGGCGACGGAGGAGGGGACGGUGUGGAGAGCUCUGGAGGGAGUGGCUCGGGUGAACUCGGUGGUCAGGCUGCCGCGGAUCGGCCGGGUGUUGAGCUGGCGGAGGCGGUCGGCGUCGCUGGACGACGACGGAGACGACCAGGAUUGAAUGUGAGUCGUUUUGUUGGUCGCUACACGUAAAUUCAUGCAUGGCUGCAAGCUUGGAAUGUCCGAAAAUAGACUUAGGACUUGGUUGACACAGUUGUACGUCGCAUUCAGGUUGUUGAGAUGGAUGAGGAGGACUGGACUGGAGACUGGAGUAGCAUCGCUGAAUAGGACAGUAAUUCUGCUCGCUUAAUUGUCAUGUACUACUUGCCACAACAGCAUGAUUGCUUGUUUCAUGGGGUGGCAUUUGUUGUAGCGUUGUUGCUGAUGAGAUUUUCUGAUAUCAUGUGAACAUGAAUAAUACUUGGAAUUGAUUCAACUGUGGGCUUCAAUUAUUCAUUAA